UUUAAGCAGAAGUACGUUUGCGGAUUUUGUUUUGAGACGCUAAAUUUCUGUGUAAGUCGCUUUGCCUUUUUGUUUUAUUUCACUGGUAAGUGAAUACACAAAAGAAGAAUAUAGUCUCUUAAUCAAUUUGAGGAACGACUCUUAUCCAGAUAUAAUAAUGCUUUUGUAGUUGGCCGUAGCCAGUGUCAACCGGUCUGUCAACCAGCUAGCAAAACAACACACGUUUAAACACUGCAAUGGAUUAUUCGAGUGUUGGCACUAGGGUGGCGCAGCUGGAAGAAGAGCAUUGUGCUGAUGUGAAGAAAGACUUGCUUUCUCAGUUUUCAGGGAUGUCUCACAACCAGAUAGUCGAAAAGGAACACUUGAAGGUCUAUCUGCGAAUACGACCAUUCACCUCAUCAGAGACCGAGAAUGGGGAGUCUCAGGACUGUGUGGCCACAGAGCCUCCAGAUACGGUCGUGUUGAGGGCACCGAAAAUGUCAAUGUCAGCCCGACUGAGUGACAAGUCAGUUUCACAGAUCACUCAAAGGUUUCAGUUUUCACAGAUCUAUGGUCCUGAAACCACACAAAAGGAGAUGUUUGACGGGACCGUGAAAACCCUGGUCAAGGAUGUUUUGGAUGGAGAGAAUUCACUGGUCUUUACAUAUGGUGUCACCAAUGCAGGAAAGACCUACACAUUUUUAGGUACUGAAAAGAAUGAAGGAAUUCUGCCACGUUCUUUGAGCGUGAUCUUUAACCGCAUAGAGGGCCGCGUCAGCACCCAAAUGAACCUGAAGCCCCAGAGAUGCCGAGAGUUCACACGACUGAGUUCAGAUGAACAGAAUGAAGAGGCUGCUAUGAAACGCGGCCUUUUUAAACUCCUCAAAGAGUCUGAUCAGAAGAAUACCAGUAACCAAUCUGACUCUAGGGAAGCUUCCACACUGAGUGAAAUCGAAGGGUCGUUAACAGAGAACAGUUUUAAUUUGGAGCUGGAAGAGCAGACUAAGUUCUCUGUCUGGGUGUCCUUCUGCGAGAUCUACAACGAGAACAUCCACGAUCUGCUGGAGCCGCUUCCCAACGGCGCCACGAGAAGACCUGCACUCCGGCUCUCUCAGGACGUCAAGGGAAACCUUUUUGUCAAAGAUCUGCGGUGGGUCCAGGCGAACAGUGCUGAAGAAGCCUUCAAAGUCAUGAGGCUGGGCAGGAAGAACCAGAGCUUCUCCAGCACCAAACUCAACCAGCUCUCAAGCAGAAGUCAUAGCAUAUUUUCCAUCCGGAUUAUGCGGAUUGAUGGCAUCUCCAGAGUGAAAGUCAGUGAAUUGUCUUUGUGUGACCUGGCUGGCUCUGAGAGAUGUGCUAAGACUCAGAAUGUAGGAGAUCGCUUGAAGGAGGCAGGCAACAUCAACACUUCACUACUCACUCUGGGCAAAUGUAUCAACAUACUGCGAUACAAUCAGCAGGCAAAGGUCCCCCAGCUGGUGCCAUUUCGGGAGAGUAAGCUGACUCACUACCUGCAGAGCUACUUCAUGGGCCGGGGCAAGGCCUGCAUGAUCGUCAACAUCAACCAGUGCGCCUCCAUGUACGAUGAGACCCUCAAUGUCCUCAAGUUCUCUGCUGUCGCCCAAAAGGUGGUGGUUCUGAGCACUAGGACCAUCCAGGAUGCUCUGGGGGCGAGGGCAAGCAGGAAGGUGUCCAUGAUCAUCAACAACGCAGACCGCAACUACGAGCAGCAGCGCAGGCUGCGGAGGAGCUCUCUGGUGCAGUGGGACAGUAGCCUGGAGGACGUGCAGGAGGACGAGGAUGAUGAGGAGGAAGAGGAGGAGGAGAGCACGGUGGAGGACACCAUUCAGGACGACUCCAUGGCUGAACCCGACCGAGAAGCAUACGAAGAGCAGCUGGCGGAGCUGAGGGCUGAGCUGCAGAAGAUGAAGAACGAGAAGCUGCUGAUGGACUGCCGCAUCCGCGAGGAGGUCACCAAGGACUUCUCAGAGCUCUUCACUCAGAUGGAGACCGACUUCAGGGAGCGCUUGGAGAAGGAGAAAGCAAUCAUUGAGGAGAGGAGUGAAAAACGUUUAGAGUUGCUCAAAGACUUGGUGAGGAAGAACUCCAACAACGAGGACGAGGAUGAUGAAGAAGGAGCUCUGUCGCACGACGAGCAGUCUCUGUCCCUUGACGAGAUGAUUGGCUCCAUCUGUAGUGAUGUGGACAGCAUCAGAAGGGAUGCGGAGGAGGCCCAGUCCUGCCUGGUGGCCCAGGCCCCUCCCCCCCUCGCACCCAUGGCCAUGUUGGCUGAUCUCCAGAGCAAGGUCACCGAGCUUACCGAGCAGCUCGUGGAGACCCAGACACUCCUCUCCGACAAGACCUCAGAGCUGGACAAAUGCCACAAGCACUUGGAGGAGCUUGAGGAAUCUAAAAAAAAAAUACAAGUGAGCUGUAAGGAGAUGGCUGCCACCAUGGCUAAGCAGACUGAGUCCCUCACUACGGAGAGGGAGCAAAUGGAAACCAUCCGCAAAGAGCUCUCGGUGCUGAAAGGCAAGUGCAAAUGCUCAGGUGUGGGUGGGAGGAGCCUGCCAGGUGACACCAGGAAGCGCCGCCAACAGGAGCGGGGACAGGGGCUUGACGGACAGCCCCCAUUAAAGAAAGGGGCUGUGGAGGACUUUGACAACAGCGGAGCAGAAGAGUCCUCUGACCCCAUGGAGGUCAAAGGUCAGCUGGAGGUCACGGAGGCGGAGUCUGCUGAGUUUGAAGUCACAGAGGCGGAGUCUGCUCAGCUGGCGGAGAUGCAACGCCGAUGCCAGUCUCUGGAGCAGCACAUGCAAGAACUCGAGCAAGAGCUGGCUGGAUACGAGCGUGUCACACACACUCAAGAGGCCGAGCUCAAGGAGAAGAGUGCUCUGAUUGAAAAGCUCUUGCAGCAGAUCCAACAGCUUCAAGACCGUCUAGACGAGUCUAGCGCAACAGCAGCAGCAACUGCUGUUUCCCGGCAGGAGGAGAGGCAGAAGAGCAGUCAGAAUGCCCGGACCCUGGAGCUUGAGAUUAGUCAGCUGAAGGAACAGCUCAAGCAACAGGAAGUGAGGUCAGAGCAGCUCAAACAACAACAGGAAGUGAUGCCAGAGCAGCGCGGGCAAAAGGAAGCCAGGCUGAUGUGUGAGCAGCUGCUGCAGGCAGACCGGGCUGUUACAGAUACCACUAUCGUGGAAGACACGGUCAAAGACAGGCAGGAGUUGGAUGAGAAGCAGGCUGUGCUCUCCACCAAGGAGACAGAGCUUAAUCAUAGACAGAAGGAGCUUGUCAACAAAGAGGCCGAGCUUUGUCAAAGAGAGAAGGAGCUGUCCGAGAGGGAGGCCCAACUCCAGCUGCAAGGUCAACACCAGACACCGUGUGCCGAACCUGACAAAGAAGUUGGAGAGUUGCAGAAGCAGAGUGGGGAAGAAAACGAGAAGGCACACAGGCUAAAGGAAACCUCACUGGCCCACAGAGAGCAGGAGCUGGAGCAGAAGCUGGUCAACAUGACGAGCCAUCUGUCCGAGAGAGAGGAGCAACUGGCCAGGAGAGACGCAGAUCUCUCCCGGAGAGAAGAAGCUCUCGAGAGCAAGCUGGCUCAGAAGGGGGAGGAGCUGACCAAGAAGGAGAAGGAGCUGACGGCAAAGCUGGUUGACGGACAGGCAGCGUUGACUCAAAGAGAGGCGGAGCUUCAGAGAAGCCUGGCUCUCCGGGAGGCGGAGUUGGUACGGAAAGAGGAGGAGCUUCAGGCUGCCAAGGAGGCAGGGUCAUGCAGAAAAGAGGAGGGGGUAGAAAACGAAGCCCUCCUUCAUCAAGCGCUUGCAACCACUCAGAGCGAGAACGCGGAGUUAUCCGAGAAGGAGGAGCUUGAGAAGAGGCGUGCUGCCAGAGAGGCUGAGCUGGCUCGCAGGGAGGCGUGUCUCUCCCAGAAGGAGGAGGAGCUGUCCCGGCUGCAGCGGAGGCUGAGGGAGGAGCAGGAGCGCGCGGAGGAGGCGGAGAGCGCCGCGGUGCAGGAGGCUCGCCGCAGGGAGGCCGAGAGGAGGAGAGAGCUGCUGGCCGUGGCGGAGGAGGCCAUCGCCCAGAAGGACGCCGAGCUGCAGAAGCGCCAGCAGGACAUCCAGAGGUUAAAGGAUGAGAUGAAAGCGGGAGCGGACAAGGUUCAGAGUCUGACUGUGGAUCUGCAGAGACAAGAGGAUGACUCGUCUGACCUGAAGGAGAAACUGGUCGACUCCAAGAAACAGAUCCAGCAGGUCCAGAAAGAGAUCUCGUCCAUGCGUGAGAUGGAGAAGAGCCUAAAGCAGAAGGUGCAGGAUCUGGAGAAGAGCAGGUCUCAGCUCCAGAAGGACCUGGCCAGCAGAGACCGCACCAUACACCAGCUCAAAACUUCAGCAGACUCUCAAUCAGACGAGACACUUGUGCUCUACCAGAAGGCCUGCAAAGACCUGCAAGCGCGUGAGCAGGUGAUGGAGGACAUGAGGCUGGUGCUGACGGAACAGGAGGAGACCCAGAACCAGAUGGACCUGGAACUGGAGACACAACUGGAGAACAACCAGCAGCUCACACAAGAGGUGGAGAAACUGAAGGCUCUUCUACUGAGGCAGGACUGCAGGAGGGCCUCCAGCCCAGCAGGGGUAGUAGAGGGAGAGGCCGACAGCCAGACCAGAGAGGAGCUCACACAGGCCCAGGAAGAGCUCAAGUCGUCCAAUGAGAAGUACCAGUCGGACCGCAAGAGGUGGCUGGAGGAGAAGAUGGUUCUGAUCCGGCAGGCCAAGGAGGCGGAGGAGAGGCGCAACCAGGAGAUGAGGCGCUUCGCAGACGAGCGCGACAGGCACGGCAAGCAGCAGACUGAGAUGGAGGGCCUCUCUGAGCGGCUGGCCGAGCGAGAGCAUGAGAUGGAGCGCUGGCGUCUGGAGAGGGACACGCUGGUCUCAGCCCUGGAGGUCCAGCUUCAGAAACUCAUCGCCUCCAACAGGGACAAGGACCAGCAGCUGCAGAGCUUGCAGAGCAGGAACACACCACAGCCACCAGAGGGCGAGGCAGACGCUGAUGCACGUGCUGAUGUGGAGCGUCUGCAGAGGCUGCUGUGUGAGAGGGAGGCAGAGAUCCAGUGUCUGCAGGAGCAGUUGAAGACCAGUACCAGCAGCAGCAGCCAGCCUGGACCCUCAGCACCUGCACCAGCACCAGCUCCAGCACCCAGGCCUCGGCAGGACUCCUCCACUCAGACAAUACCUGUGGAAGAACCAACAAAGCUUUCGGACUUUUAUGCAGACAAACCUCUGGACACCAGCACCUUGAGAUCCACAGAGAAGACCAGAGCGUCUGUCAUCAGCCAGGCUUCAUCGGGCUACCCGUCCGUGCUGGAGUCGUCGGAGAUCUCCACGGACGCAGGCCGCCGUUCCCGGUUCCCGCGGCCGGAGUUAGAGAUCUCGUUCAGCCCGCUGCAGCCCGACAGGCUGGCCCUCAAGCGGCAGGGGGACGAGGAGGCCGUCACCGUCAAGAUCACACGCUCCGCACGCAAGAGGAAGAGCAACGACAUGGAGAAGGAUCCAGUGGAGAGUGAGAACAAGAGGAACACUAGAACCACUAGAACCCCCAAACUGGCCGUGCACCAGGAAGAGCGCUCCCCUGCUCUGAUGAACUCCAAUAACUCCCAGUCCAGCCUGCGCAGCGGCAGAGAGGGCAAGCUGCAGAAGAUCGGAGACUUCCUGCAUAGCUCCCCCACCUUCCUGGGCAGCAAAGCUAAGAAGAUCAUGGGCCUGGUGAGUGGCAAGUCUGAUGUGGAGAGAGGCUGCUCCUCGUCCAAGCGGCCCAAGAAGAAGCUGUUCCACCCGGAGAUCUCCGCCCCCAUGGACAUACCUGCCCACCAGAUCAUUGGACGAGAGCCAGAGGAGAAGGACAGCGACCACCUCAUUAUCAAGAGACGACUGCGCAACCGGCUAGGGAAGUGAAGUCCUCCCUGGGGAAACCAACCUACGCAAUAAUGUUCAGCCCGGGACGACUCUGUCAAAUCCAACAGUAGCUUGUUUCUUUGCACCAUGAUAUCAUCAUAUAUAGUACUGUCUUUUUCAAAGAAAUACUUGCACUUUCUUGUAUUAUUAUUAUUGUUGUACACUGUAGUGUUUUAUAGAACAAAGUAUUAGUAUUUUUUUUUAUUGUGUAUCUUUGUUAUACGUAAUCAUUUUGCACACAUAAGGAGAGUUUUUUUCAAUCAUUAAUUCAAUAAUUUUUUUAACUGACCAGUUAAAUAGACGAUCGUGUAUUUUUUUACAGAUCUCCUAUUUGACACCCGCAGACCAUGCUGAGUAUGUGGGUUUGUGUAAACAUGUAAAUAUUAACAUAGCACGACAUCUCUUAAGACUUCAUUACCUUGACAACUAUGGGGCAGUUCCACUAAUAUAAUAUUCUCAACAUUGAUUAUUCAAGCCUAGUCUAUUAACAUUCUAGUGCCUUCCUUCACUUGGUUUCUCAGAAACCCUGAGUUGAUUUAUUUGUAAUGUUUUUCCACGGUAAUGUUGAAAAUCAAACUGCUCAUAGCUGCGAGAAUAAACACAUGUGCAUUUAACACAA